AUGCAGCUUUCUGCCCCCCGAGCACAAUUCUACCGGGGCAAGGCCUUCCAAUCUGUCGCCCCAGGCCGCACCAUCCCUCCUCGCGUCCGUCGCCAAGUACCCAUCAAGCCCACUGCCAAGAUUCCUGGGGUGGAGCAGGCGACAGCCGCCCUGAAGACUUACCGCGCGGUCUCUAACCUGCCAUCUUGGGUCACGACGGUGGCAUUCACCGCUUUCCAGGUGCUGCCCAAGAUCACCCACAACCCUCUCCCCUUUGUGCCUGACUCCAGCCUUCUCUUCAACCUGCUGGCUUGGUACACGUUGUUGUACGCAGGGACGUCCCUCUUCAAUCGCAAGUUGGAGUUUGAUGGCGUGGGCACGGUCAUCGGGCCGGCCUACCUGGCAGUGCAGGCGAUGGGGGGCCUGGGGUCCUUCCUCUCCCCACUCAAUGUGGCCACAGCUCUCUUUGGCGUCUUCCUGUCCUACAGGCUGCCGGGUCCCACCCUGCUCUGGCUGCCCACCCUCGCGUUUGCCAUCUACUCCGGCUUCGGCUUCCACUGGGCCGUGGCGGCCUUUGCCGGGGGAGCUGGGUGGCAGCUGGUGCAGGGGCUGCGCGAGGGCAAGCUGCCCCUCCAGCAAAUAGCCUUCCUGGGGGUGGCGGGCCUGGCCUUCGUCACCAACCUGGUCCCGCAGUUUGCCCUGUUUGUGUUUGGCGGGCAGAUUCUGGCCUCUGCCGUGGGGAAGUGA